AAUGCAGACCGAUACGCCAGAUACAACGGCCUGACCAUUGACAGCUUCCAGCUUGACUGGCAACAGGUGGUGGGGGGUGACCAGGCCAUUGCCGCCACCCUUGUUGAUCUCGAACCGGGGCAGCUUCUUGAGAACGAUCAGCUUGAAGAAUGCCUCUUUCGCGUCAUCAUCCCUACCUCGGAGCAAUGGCACAUGCCUGCCGCAUCGCUGGAAAUCCUCCAGCAAGUGUGCAGGAGGUGCAAAGAGGAUGAGGUGAUAAACCUGGUCUCCCAUGAAUGCUUCCCAGAGUCGAGGAAGUGGAAGCUACUGAAGUUGGAGACGCCAGCACUUCGCAGUGACCAUGGCAGCGACUGCCGCCGGCUAGCGCGACGAGUCAAGGCCUUCUUGAAGGAACCGCUGCCCGACCAUCGCCUGCCUCUUCACCCGGUUGACAUUGAGAAAGGAGAAGGGCUCGAAUUCCCAGAUCGCCUGGCUCGGAUGGACAAAGAGCAGACAAGGGUCUUGGAAAAGGAAAUUCUCGCCGUGAGGAAAGAAACAGUCAUGUACUUGAUGCAGAGCCUGAAGUCGGACUUAACCGAGCAUGACGAGCGAGACUUGCUUGAGAGCUUCUCCACCUACCAAGGAGUCGGAGCAAGAGAGCACUUGACGCCCCCACUGAGCCCCUUGGUGGCUACACACCCGGAGUACUUCGUCCCCGAAGAUGUAUCUUGCGAAGUACCGGCACCGUCCGACCCCAGCUCAAAACUUAGCGAUGAUAUCGACGCCGCCGAAAGCAGGAUAUUCGCGACCGACUUGGAAUUUUGGGCCGAUGCGUUGGAGAAGGAUGACUCGCUUGGGAGAUACGAGGACAUUGAUGUCUCGGAGAUGAUCCGAGCAGGAGAAAUCCGGGCAUCCGGUCCACUGUCGUCCGGAAUGGCGGUCCCACGAGACUUAAAGGUCGACGUCCCUCUGCUUCCAGCUAGCGACGACGGCGGCGGCGAUAGUCAGGCAGUCACGAGAGUCCUUGCACCUUGUGAUCUGGCGGGAGCUCAAAAACUGAUCGAGAGCAGCGACACAUUCUCUGGGUCUGAUGGUCCAACGGGCCAACUCGUCUCACUCUUCCAGAAAAGCGCAGCCAUCGUGACGAGACUGGCCGAACAGGAGAAGCUUCAGCCGCUCGAUGCCACGGCCAGAGUUUCCGUUCCCGUCUUGGACUUCUCCAUACCUGUCCCUGAAUGGGAACAGCGUCUCUGGGAGGCUAGAGCCAUGUUUCGGUGGAUCCAGAAAGAUGCUGACGUCGACUGGCAGGGUCCUAAAUGGACGCACAACAGGGCUGCCGAGCAGAGAUUGGUGUGGGCGCCAUUGGCAUAUAUGAAGGAGAAGAAGUUGGUUUCGGAUGAAAUCGAGGUCUCCGCCGAGGAUCUCGACUUCUUUCUAAGGAGAACCCGCGAUGACGAAGUCCUCACCAGUGCGGAUUAUGUCUGCAAAGAGCCAGGCGUCGCUGUGCUCCGACUUGGUGAAUACCAAGAUGAUGCGGAUGAUGAGGAAGGCUACCUUUCACCACUCGACUGCUCCGAGAAAGCGCCGCCGAGCCGUUCUCAAGCCAGCAGGUGGGAGAGAACAUCGACUUGCUCGAACGAGUCGUCUAUGCAUUUGGAUCCCAAUCCCCCAUUGACUCCCAAGAGUUCAACCUUACCUCCCGCGGACCUGAAGAGUCUCCUGAGUAAGAGGAAACGGCAUAUCGACGAGACACUCAAGAAAAGAGAGGCCAACGGGAAGCAAGAUCAGUUGACAGCAGCAGCCCUUGGCUUCAAUGCUACAGACAUUAUCGACCCAGGCCUGAUCCCGUCGACCAACGUCUUGAGAGGAUUCAUGAGCGAGUACACGGAUUUCGCGCCGCUCGUCGACAACUUUGUCGAGAUGAACUUCCCCAAGAAACCAAAACUUACCCACAGCUCCUUCGCGCCACCCAGCACAAUCUCAGAGGCCCAGUCCAAAAAGGCAGACGAGGCAGCAAAGCUGAUGCCUGCUCCCCCCAAGCCAAUCCCAGCCCCCGCACCAUCCAUAACUCCUCCCCCUAUCCCUCCCCGCGUCGUGGUGUCCUCCACCGCCCCGAACCCCCUAGUCCAGCACAUCCGAACUCUUCUCCCCACCAUUGAACUGACCUACCGCAACCCAGACAAGCACCGCCCGCCGGACUGGAUCCCCGGCUCCCGCUCCCCAAACCUCGACGAAGCAGACUUCGUCGUCUCCCCUGCAACGGGCAUUCUCCUCACAACCAUGAUCCAGCUGAGGCAGAGACCGGUGCCGGGACAAACAGCAGCCGCAGCAUCAUCAUCAUUAGCGGGCCGGCACAACAACGCAACCAACUUCCGCCGCGUCGUGGAGAACGUCGCCGUUCGUCACGAGCGCCUCGUGGUGCUCGUCUCCGAGGGCAACAAGCACAGCGAGACGGCCAGCCCGCUAUCGCAGUCGGACGCGCGCGCGCUGGCAGAGUUUCAGGGGUUCGCGGCCGGGCUGCGGGUGGCGACGGCCGAUUUGAGGAUCGUGUAUGUCGGCGGCGGGGUGCAGACGCUGGCGCGGUGGGUGUCUGCAGUGGUUUGUGAGUAUCAUGCGAGAGAGGCGGUUGCGGCGGGUGUAAGGGACAUGUUGUUGCCGGUGGAGACGUCGUGGGAGGUAUUUCUGCGACGGGCGGGGAUGAAUGUGUUUGCGGCGCAGGUGGUGCUGGGAACGCUCAAGGUGCCGAGUGAUAGGCCCGCUGUUGCGGGUGAGGAUGGGCAGAUGUUUGGGUUGCCGUUGUUUGUUAUGAUGCCGAGGGAGAGGAGGGUUGAGCUGUUUCAGAAGGCGUUUGGCGGGAGAAGGGUUCUGGACCGGGUGAGUGAUGCUCUUGAUGAGCCAUGGGGAGAACGGGCCGUUGAUGACGGCGGUUUUGAUCCCGAGCUGGCGCGAUGGGGCGGAUUCCCUGUGAUUCCCUGAAUCCUGGACCACAGCAAUACUUCGCCGACGAG